CGAGGAAUUGAAAUGAAAUAGCACAGUUUCUGGCUUUUCGAAUUUUCUCGCACUUCCGUUUCUCCCAAACAGCCUCGUAAGAAACCUCCAUGGCCACGUUCAGCCUUCCCCGCAAGGGAAACACGAGGCUGCCGCCGGAGGUCAACAGAGUUUUGUAUGUCCGAAAUUUGCCGUUUAACAUAACCAGCGAGGAGAUGUACGAUAUUUUCGGCAAGUACGGCGCGAUUCGGCAGAUUCGGAUUGGGACGAACAAGGAUACUAGAGGUACAGCGUUCGUUGUCUACGAGGAUAUCUACGAUGCUAAGACGGCGGUGGAUCACCUCUCCGGUUUCAACGUUGCGAAUCGGUAUCUGAUCGUGUUGUACUACCAGCAGGCCAAGAUGAGCAAAAAGUUCGACCAGAAGAAGAAAGAGGAUGAAAUCGCCAGGAUGCAGGAGAAAUACGGUGUUUCCACGAAAGAUAAGUAAAAGGAAUUCCUGUGGAGCAUUUGGAAAGAGAACAAAAGAAGCGUCUUUGAGAAAGAAAGAAGGCAUCUUCCUGUUCGGCUUAAAGUUCUCCCUUUCAUCUUUGUUGUUAUAUUACGAUUUCAUGGACAAUGCCUUUUCUACUUUUUAAAUUGAUCAGGUUUAACUUUAAUAGAAUUGCUAUACGUCUAUUUUUGCA